AUGUCCGAGGUCCAAGAGGAGGUCUCACGGCUUCGAGAAGAGGUGGGCCGCCUGUCGGAGGAGCUGCUGAUGCAUCGAAAGGUCUUGGAGCAGUGCCUCGAGGGCUGUCCGGUGGGUCGUGAGGGCACCGAGGGCAUCGACGAAGCUGUGGCUUCACCGACCGAGUUCCGCAUGCGGCUUUUGCACGAGGCUCCCAGCCGCCAGAGCUGUUGUGCAGAAAGAAGCACGGAGAUGAAAGAUGAAGAGAUUCUGGUGCUUCGUCAAGAGCUCCAUUUGUUGCUGAUGGGCCUUUGCCCACCCAACGUAGAAGAUGAUCGGGAGUUUCUGGCAGCCUGCAAAGAAGGCCGUGCGGAUGAAGUGGAAGCAAGCUUGCAGCGACUUCAAGAUCCCAACGCCGUGAAUGAGCGAGGACAAGCGGCCUUGCUUGUGGCAGCAAAGUCUGGGCAUUUGGAAUGUGUGCAGUUGCUGCUGGAGGCGAACGCUGACACGAACAAAAGCACCAGCGAGGGCCGCACAGCCUUGCAUUAUGCAGCCAAGAAUGGCCACCUCCAUGUUUUGCAACUCCUUCUGGACUCAGGCGCCUCUCGUGAUCAGGCCACCAGCCGACGAGGCCAAGGGCUUCUACACCUGGCUGCGUGGGAUGGGCACCUGGAGGUGCUUCGCUUCUUGUUGGAGACCCGAGCAGAGGUGAAUGAAGCGGAACAGAGUGGCGCAACGGCCUUACACGUUGCAGCGCAAAGAGGUCAUGGCGAAGUCGUCCGUUUGUUGCUGGAGGCAGGUGUUUCUCGCGAUCAGGCCACCACAGAUCAUGGCAAGACGGCUUUACACUUGGCGGCGCAAUGUGGGCAUCUUGAUGUGGUGCGUGUCUUGCUGGAUGCCAGGGAGUUGUUGGAGCAUCGAGAGGCCUUGUUGCAAUGCUUGGAGCUUCGUGACGGGAUGCAGAUCCUGGGAGAGGUGGUCGACCGCACCUCUGAGUUGGACCUCUCCUUGGCCGGUGUCUCUGACAAUACCGCUCGCCACGGUCGGGCCAUCGCCAGCUUGACCGAGCAGCAGCAACGUACCACUCAGACCAUGGAUGCCGUGAUCCGUGCGGUCAAGCGCUUGGAUCGGAGCCGCUCCCGGCAGGCUCGUCCGACGUCCACCACGCCCUCCGAACUGGUCGAGGGGCCCGGCCGAGCGGAACAUCCACGCCUCUGGACGAUCACGGACCUCGCGAGGUGUGACUCGGUGUGA